CUCAGUUCGAUCUCCUCCAAGACAUAGUUGUAUAAGAUAAUGGAGAGGAAUAGGAGAAGCUGGUCUUGGCCUUGGCCUUUGUUUUCUGUCUUUCUCAUAGCACCACUCCUUUUCAGCGUCCUCCCCACAACUUCAGUUGAGGCAAGAAAGCACCACCACAGCUACAAGAAAACCCAUAACAGGCCUCACAGUAACAAACACUCCAACCACAGAAAAGGAAGUGACAGUGGAGGCUUCAAUCCGCCUGCAGACUCAACAACGGAUUCCACCACUUACAACGUUGUGUCCUUUGGUGCUAGAGGUGAUGGUGUUACUGAUGAUUCCCAGUCGCUUGUGGGUGCAUGGAAAGCUGCUUGCCAGCUCCCUGGGGCUACAGUGAAGAUCCCAUCAGGGUUCAGGUUUCUGAUGAGUCCCGUAAAUCUGCAAGGUCCGUGCAAUGGUCAGCUCACUCUUCAAAUAGAUGGAACUCUGCUUGCUCCUUCGAGAGUUGGGGAUUGGCCGAAAUCAAGCCUGUUCCAAUGGCUCAACUUCAAAUGGGUCCAGAAUUUCACCAUUCAAGGCAGUGGAACGGUUGACGGACAAGGCUCCCAGUGGUGGACUCCUUCCUCGCUCUACUACGUUCAGAAGAUGUCCAAAUAUAUUCCAGACGUGAAACCAACGGCUUUGAGAUUCUAUUCCAGCCAUGGCGUGACGGUGCGCGACAUCAGGAUCGUGAACAGCCCUCAGUGCCAUCUGAAAUUCGAUUACUCUGGUGGGAUCAAAGUUGACAACAUCACUAUCUCUUCCCCAGAAAACAGCCCAAACACCGAUGGGAUUCACCUUCAGAGCACACGAGAUGUGGAAAUUCACCAUUCCAACAUUGGAUGUGGCGAUGACUGUGUUUCCAUUCAAAGUGGCUGCUCCAAUGUCCACCUUCACCACAUCAAUUGCAGCCCAGGGCAUGGGAUAAGUGUUGGGAGUCUAGGGAAGGACAAAACCGCGGCUUGCGUCUCCAACAUCGUUGUUGAUAAUAUCUCACUCCGUAACACUCUUGCCGGUGUCAGGAUCAAGACAUGGCAGGGUGGUGUUGGGUCGGUGAAAAAUGUGAGCUUCACAAACAUUCAGGUGUCGGAUGUGAAGUACCCAAUAAUCAUCGACCAGUUUUACUGCGACAAGCAUCGCUGCGAGAACCAGACGGCAGCAGUGGCGAUAUCGGGCGUGAAAUACGACCAGAUCUACGGGACGUACACAGCGCAGCCAAUCCGUCUAGCCUGCAGCACAACGGUGCCGUGCGUGGAUGUUGAUGUUGCCGAUAUCCAGCUGAAGCCAUCCAUCGCAGGAAUUCCAUCAUCGGCUAGUCUGUGUUGGAACUCGUAUGGGAAAUCCCAAGCUCCUCUGCUGCCUUCCAGCAUUGACGGCUGCUUGAGACGGGACACUGCGUAUGUGAAAAGAGUUGCGAGGUCACAUGAACAUGUCUGUUAAUAUAGGUCAUGUAAUAAUAACUAAGACGCCUUCAUUUCGUUUUUUUUUAACAGUGAGCAGGCUCAAGUUGUUUGUAAUAACCUCUUUCUUUUUUGGGGGGUUUUUUUUUUUUUGUGAAAUAUAACAAAGCUUUUUUUU